CAUCUGCCCUCCCUGUCCGGGAGCCAGCCCAGGGCAACAGCCACGGCACCCCAGAGGCCGGCCAGAUGGUAGUGAGUGACAUCAUCUCCUCACAGGGCAGGCAGCACGCGGCACCACUGACGUCACUCUUGCCCAUUGCCUGGCCCUUGGCCUGACCCCUGGGGGAGAUUCUGACCCCUCCAUGCUCACAAUACUCCCAGGAUGGGGUCAUCUGAGCUUGUGGGAUGUUCACAGAGGUGUGCCGGGAGAGGCGGAGCCCCCUGCCCCGGAGCUGGUGGAGGCGGAAGUGGGCGGCACGGCGCUUCUGGCGUGCGGCCCCUCCCACUCCCAGAGCAACUUCAGCCACGUGGACUGGUUUUCUGUGCACAAGGAGAAGCCGACGCUCAUCUUCCGCGUGCGCAAGGGCCAGGGCCAGAGUGAACCUGGCGAGUACCAGCAGCGGCUCAGCCUGCAAGACAGAGGGACCGCGCUGGUCCUGAGCCAUGUCACCCCCCACGAUGAGCGUAUCUUCCUGUGCCAGGUCAAGCGCCCCCAGUCCCAGGAGCACCGCAUCCAACUCCGCGUCUACAAAGCCCCGGAGGAGCCGACCAUCCAGGUGAAUCCCUUGGGCAUCUCGGUCAGCAGUAAGGAGCCUGAGGAGGUGGCUACCUGUGUAGGGAGAAAUGGGUACCCCCUUCCUCAAGUCAUCUGGUAUAAGAAUGGCCACUCCCUGAAGGAGGAGAAGGACCGGGUUUAUAUUCAGUCGUCCCAGAUCGUGGAGUCGAGCGGUCUGUACACCUUGGUGAGCAUUCUGAAGGCCCAGCUGGUGACCGCAGACAAGGACGCCCUGUUUUACUGUGAGCUCAGCUACCGGCUGCCCAGCGGCAACCACAUGAAGGAGUCUCGGGAAGUCAGCGUCCAGGUUUUCUACCCGGCGGAGAAGGUGUGGCUGGAGGUGGAGCCCGUGGGAGCACUGAAGGAAGGGGACCGCGUGGAAAUCAGGUGUCUGGCGGACGGCAACCCCCCGCCGCACUUCACCAUCAGCAAGCAGAACCUCAGCACCAAGGAGGUGGAGGAGAUGACGCCCGAAGACAACGGGGUCCUGGUCUUGGAGUCUGCCCAGAAGGAGCACAGUGGCCUCUAUCAGUGUCAGGGCCUGGACUUGGAAACCAUGGCAUCACUGCUGAGCGACCAACAGGAGCUGCUGGUGAACUACGUGUCUGCUGUGCGGGUGAGCCCUGCAGCCCCGGAGAGCCAGGAGGGAGGCAGCCUCGUCCUCAGCUGUGAGGCGGAGAGCAACCAAGCCGUGCAGUUCCAGUGGCUGAGAGAAAAGACAGGCCAGGUGCUGACGGGGGGGCCUCUGCUCCAGUUACACGACCUGAAACGCGAGGCAGGGGGAGGCUACCGCUGCUUGGCAUCCGUGCCCAGCGUCCCCGGCCUGAACCGCACACAGCUGGUCCACGUGGCCGUUUUUGGGUCCCCAUGGAUGACACAGAAGGAGAGGAGGAUGUGGGUGCAGGAGAAUGCAGUGUUGAAUCUGUCUUGCGAAGCCUCGGGACAUCCCCGGCCCACCAUCUCCUGGAGCGUCGAGGGCACGGCACAUGAACAAGACCAAGAGCCACAGAGCGUCCUGAGUGUCCUGAGCGUCCUUGUGACCCCAGAGCUGUUGAGGACAGGUGCUGAGUGCGUGGCCUCCAACACCCUGGGCAGAAACACCACCACCAUUUUCUUGGAGCUGGACUCCAGCAGAAGCACUGGCCUCAGCACAUCCACUGUCAGCCCCUCUGUCCGAGCCAACGGCACCUCCACAGAGAAGAAGCUGCCAGAGCCUGAAAGCAAGGGCGUGGCCAUCGUGGCUGUGACCGUGUGCGUCCUGGUCCUGGCUGUGCUGGGUGCUGUCCUCUAUUUCUUCUACAAGAAGGGCAAGCUGCCUUGUGGGCGGUCAGGCAAGCAGGAGAUCACGCUGCCCCCGUCUCGUAAGAGCGAAUUUGUAGUUGAAGUUAAGUCAGAUAAGCUCCCAGAAGAGAUGGGCCUCCUACAGGGCAGCAGCCGUGACCAGAGGGCGCCCGGAGACCAGGGAGAGAAAUACAUCGAUCUGAGGCACUAGCCCACUCACCCCACUGAGUGCCCCUCCCGCCUGGAACGUUUUGUGCUCUCUGCUCACCCUCUCCCUCCCAGCGCUCAGGAUGACCACCCAGGCCUCUACAGCGGGCUGUGGAGAAGGCCCCCUGCCCCAGCUGGCCUGCAGGCCCCACCGCAGAGGGCCCUCGUCGGGGAUCAACCUGCCACCGGCUCACUCUUUUGGGUGAUGCUUAUCCCAGGGAGGGGCCUCGGCAUCCUGGGGGUGGGAGAGAGUGUCUCGCAGACCGCGUUCUCUGUAUGUAGAUCAUGGACGCACAUACCUGUCUUCUGCCGCAGCCGGAUGAGGCAGCCUGUUUGUCUGGUUCCUGCCCCAAAGGCUGGCUUCAUUGGUCAGUUGUGUCACCGAAGUGAGGACUCACGGAGCACAAGCCCCUCUCACGCCGGUUCUAGAGAGUUCCCCAGCCUUUAUGACAAGCAGCUGCCUGCAUGCUUCAGGUCCUACUGUGACCCACCUUUCUCGGGGCAGAAGCCGGGAAUGGUGUCAUUUCCUAAGAGGUGCUGGGUGUAUCUCGUCCCUGCAGGGAGGAAGCUGGGCAUUUCUCCAGAGUUAGGCCAUUGAGCCCAACAGCCCCCACCCCCAAGUUUGGCUCCUAUUGCCCAGUCAGCGGGUCAUAUCAGACUGAAAGGUUAGGGGACAAAUGAGGUUCAGACUGUCCUUUAGGAGGAUUAAGACUAUAAUUACACUAGCACCAAACUUCUACAAACUGAGCUAAGGGGCUUAGGUCUUGGCAAGAAUGGCCCUCACGGGAGAAUGGUACUUAGGGACAAGAGGUGGGCUUGGCUGGAGCUUUGGGGUGUGUAUGGGUAUCUGUGUGCGUGUGUGAGUGUAUGUAUAUGUGGUUUUGUUAGGUUGUCUGUAAAUUUGCAAAUUUCCUUUAUAUAUAUAUGUGUGUGUAUAUAUAUAU